AUGUCGACGAAAACGCCGGUCUACUUCCUGAGUCACGGGGGUCCGAAUAUCAUGUACGAUCAUCAGCACCCGGCGUACCACAAGCUGGGCGAGAUCGGGCGCGAGAUCACGACCAAGGUCAAGCCACGCGCUGUGGUGGUGUUCUCGGCGCAUUGGCAGGGGAAGCGCGAUACAAUCCUUGUGAAUACCGCCGAGAUGACGGAGUUGAUUUAUGACUUCUACGGCUUCCCGAGCCAUUACUACAAGGAGAAGUACCCUAAUGUUGGGAGUAAGGAGGUUGCGGAGAAGGUGCUUGGUGCGUUGGGCGAGGCCGGGAUUAAGGCUGAGGGGGUGAAGAGGGGGUUGGAUCAUGGGGUGUGGGCGAGUUUUAAGUGUGCCUUUGAGCCGGAGUCGAACCCGUUGAACGUCCCCAUCGUGCAGGUCUCGCUGUUCGACUCAGAGGAUCCCGUUCAGCACUACCGGCUCGGUCAGGCGGUGGAGAAGCUCCGCGAGGAGAAUAUCCUGAUCAUUGUUUCCGGCAUGGCGGUCCACAACCUGCGGGACCUGCAGUUCUCCUGGGGCGACCCGCGGCCGCUGCCGUAUACCGCCAGCUUCGAUGACGCUCUCAAGGAUGCGGCCACGGCCAAGCCGGCGGACAGGGAGCAGGCCUUGGCGGAUCUGCUGAGGCGGCCGGAUGCUCGCAAGGCGCACCCGACCUUUGACCAUCUGCUGCCCAUUCAUAUCGGAGCGGGCGCGGCAGGAGACGAGAAGGGACGGCGCUUGUGGACCCUGAAGGAAGGGAGCAUGAGUUGGGCGCAAUAUAGAUUUGGCGAUCUCGCCAACAGUACUAGUUCACUGUAG